CUUCAGCUGUGGUGCUUUUUUUUUCAGAGGGUGUGUUGUGGGGGACUCAUCGCUCCUUCCAAAAACCUGGCUAAAGCAUGGACUGUUACCUGCACGGCCUCGUUUCUUGGUGCUUUAUCGUUUUUUAUUCCGUUUGCGCAUUCGUAGAAAGCAGCCGGUUAGUUCACAGCAGCGAGUCAAGCGCGACAAACUCCUUCAGCCAGGGUGGGACAUAUGGCCGCAUCCAGCCUCAGUUUGGUGCGGUAAAACAGAAACCGAGCACGGAGCUCCGGGAGCGCCCUCGACCGGUCACGGUAAAUUGCCACCCGGAUGCCAUGGAGGUCGUGGUGCAGGCUGACAUGUUUGACACAGGCCUACAGGUGGACGGCGGACAUCUGAGACUGGGCUCAGAUUCAGCGGGUGAGGAGUGCGGAGCAGUCCCAUCGGGAGAGGCGGAGUUCACCAUCCGGGCCCAGCUGGUGGAUUGUGGGACAAAGCUCUCAUCCACAAAAGAGAAGCUUAUCUAUGACAAUGUGCUCGUCUUCUCACCUGAGCCCUCAACUGAUGGUUUGCUUAGACUGGAUGGAGCUGCUAUUCCAGUUGAAUGUCAUUACAAUAAGAAGUAUUCUGUAGGUGGCGUUUCCCUGCAUCCCACCUGGGUUCCACUUGUUGCGACAACUUCAGCAGAAGACCAGAUAGACUUUCAUCUGCUUCUCAUGACAGAUGAUUGGACGUUUCAGAGGGGAUCUUAUACGUAUUUCCUGGGUGACUCGAUUCAUUUUGAAGUCUCUGCUGUUGUUGGUAACCACAUGCCCCUGCGAGUGUACGUUGACCAUUGUGUUGGCACAGCAACUCCUGAUGCAGACGUAGCAUUAAGAUAUGAUUUUGUUGAGCAUGGAUGUCUUACUGAUGCUUACCUGACAAACUCCAGCUCGCGUUUUCUACCAAGAACCGAGGAACACACGCUGAGAUUCCAGCUAGAUGCCUUCAUUUUUUACCAAGCACCCAGCAACCAGGUUUAUAUAACCUGCCAUGUAAAGGCUGUUCCAGCCACAAUGACUGCCACCUCACAAAACCGGGCCUGCUCUUUAACUGAGAACAGGUGGCGUUCAGUUGACGGGAAUGAUGAGGCAUGUAGGAGCUGUAAUAUUGCCCACCAUGUUGAAGAAACUCAGUCCACCCAACCUCCUAAAACUACUAUGAAUGCCAAAGCAAGGCCCACCUUGUCUUCACUGGAAGGUUUAGUCCAGAACAGACCCAAACAUCAUCCAGCAACUUACGUCCGUUUCCGUCCAAGAUUACACCAGCGCAGGCACACAAAACAUGAGCAAUCCUCUGCUAAAUUAAUGAAGGGAGGAACAGACUAUGUAGCACGGAGGCUCCAGCUGGGACCCUUAACUGUGCUGCCGUUCAGUAACCAUAUCACAAGUUUAGCAGACCCCAAAACAGUAGUUUCAAACAAGACCACCUGAGACUCAGGAUGCUUUACUGGAGAGUGAGGAUUAAAAUAAAGAUUUCUCUGCUGACUUGAACGUUACAAACAUGUUAUGGAUGCUGUACAAAAACCCCAUGAAUGCAGAUCAUCCUCUGCACUAGAACACAAUCAGGCCCGUUACAUUUUUCAAAUAAAGUUUUGUCUGAACUUCUCCAGCCA